AUGUGCGUGCAUCUGGAGACGCACCCCUUCGCUGGGCACCCAUUCCGGGGACUAUUGGCAGCUGCUGAAGAAGGGGAUUUGGUGGAGGUAAAUCGACUGAUAGAGGCAGGAGCGAACGUAGAUGCAACUGAUGAAAUUCGCAAUACGCCUUUGAUUCUUGCUGCACACUUUGGUCACCUCCGUGUAGUCAGGGCCUUGGUUGAUGGCGGUGCUGAAAUUGACAAACAGGGUGCGGCUGGAUGGUCGCCUCUUUACACAGCUGUGUUUUUUGACCAGCCUGCGAUUGUUAUGCUUUUGGUUGAGGAAGGUGCUGAUCUGGAACUCCGAACAACAGAAGGGGCAACACCGCUGUACAAUGCGGUGUCCCAGCAAAACCUUGGCAUCGGUGAAUUUCUACUUGGCUCAGGUGCUGCUGUUGAUGCAGAGUUCCUGAGGACAGGCCACACGCCUCUCAUCAGGGCAUCGGAACUUGGAAAUGCAACAAUCGUCACCCAUUUGCUGUUGAGUGGUGCAAAUGUAACACGAGUAACCUUGAGGGGAGAAACGGCUCUGCACGGAGCUGCAGAGAGUGGAUCUGUGCAGGCCGUGCAAGUUCUGAUAGGGGCGGGGGCUGACAUCGACUCCACCAGUCUAGAUAAUGGCAUCACUCCUCUCAUGGUUGCUGCUAUGGAGAGCAAGCCAAGUGUAGUUGAUGAACUUAUUUCAGAAGAUGCAGAUGUUAAUAUCACAACAGAUCAAAAUCGCAAUGCCUUGCAUAUUGCCGCACUCACUCCCAACAACACAGCAGCUAUCGGACGACUGAUUGAAACAGCAGUGGAUAUUGAAGCAUUGAACUCGAAGGGGAGGACAGCCCUUGGGGAUGCUGCCUGGGUUGGCAACAAGGAAAACGUCGAAUUCCUUCUUUCGGAGGGCGCAAGUCCAAGAACAGGAAAUGUGACAGUCUGUGGAUGUGUGGAUGAUGAGGAAGACGUGGUGUGCCCCAUUUUCAACUGCCAAAACAGCAGCCAAGUGCAGGAGAUCAUGGACUUAUUGAGUGAAGCUGCAGUGGAGGUGCCUGGCCCUGAAGCAGACACAGGGAUUUUGGUGGCUACAAAUGAGUCAAGUUCAACAGAUGUCCUUGGGCCCAUGACAGCUCCAAGCGACGAGGUGCUGUCUAGCACCAAUGCCACCAGUCCAUCUGCUGCUCAGGCGAACGCCUCCAGUCCGGCAACUGCUCUGGUGCCUGGACCCUCUUCAGGCAUGGAGGUACCUGGCACUGCAAAUGCCUCUAGCAUAGCAGCAGCUCAGGCCCCAGGAGGGGAUUUGAGCAACGGGACGAUGGCUCCAAGCAUUUCGCUCGGUCCAGCAGCUGCUCCAGGUAUUGCCACCUCUCCAGACGCAGAGCAAUUGGAUGCCACAAAUGCAUCAAGUCCAUCACCUUCUCCUGGCCCUGACUCUCCGUCCAUCGCAAUGCCGCCAGCUGCCACUGAUUCCUUAAUUCCAGCUCCUGGCCCAGAGCAGCCUUUGGAGCCCGAUGUUGGAGUGCAGGGGCCCAUGAAUGCUUCGAAUCCAGCGGCUUCCCCUGGCAUGGCUGCCUCUCCAAGCGAUGGGCAAGCAGGAGGCCCAAAUGCACCAAGCCCUAUGCCCGCUCCUGGCCCUGCCACUUCGUCAGGAACAGUUGCCAUGAAUGCCCCUGGUCUUGCAACAAGUCCGGGCCCAGAUGUCUCCUUCGCUCCUGGGGUGAUGGGGCCCACUCCAAGCAUGGUGGCAUCAAGAGACAUCAACACCACAGUUGCAGUGCCUGUGCAGGGUCCUGGGCCCUCCCCAAAUGCAGAGGUGCCGAUCGCCAUGAACGCCUCAAGCCCAGCGCCUUCUCCAGACAUGGACGCCCCUGUAAGUGCAGAACCAAUUGAAGGCUCGAGUGCACCAAGUCUUGCCGCUGCUGCUGGACCUGGAACCCUUCCAGGAGCAGCUGUGCCUGCACCCAUGAAUGCCUCAAGGACCUCAACCAGUCCGGACCCAGGUACCUCUGUCAACAUGGAGGCUGCGGGGCCUGCCCCAAGCAUGCUGACAUCUGAAGUUGACAAUGCCACUGCUCCGGUGCCUGCACCUGCAACCCUUCCAGGAGCAGCUGUACCAGAGCCCAUGAAUGCCUCAAGGCCUGGAACCAGACCGGACCCAGGUACCUCCUUCAAUAUGGAGACAGCGGGGCCUGCUCCAAGCAUGCUGGCGCCUGAAGCCGACAAUGCCACUGCUCCAACGCCUGCGCAGAGUCUGGUAGCCUCUCCAAGUGCUGAGGUGCCAGCAGCUGCGGACGCCUCAGUUGCUAAUCUGGUGCCUGCCCCAGAGACUGACGUCUCUCCAAGUAUGGAGGCGCCAGAUGUCAGGGAUUUGACGAGUCCAAGUUCUGCGCCAGCACCAGGUGGCUCAAAUGACCUGGGGCCUCCUCCAACCCCCCUUGAGCGAAGCCCAAUGCCUGCUGGACCAACGUCUGGUCCAAGCAUUGAAUCGCCUAGCGAUGCCAACUCUUUGAGUCCGGCACCUGCACCUAGUCGAAGUGCUCUUGCCCCCGGCAGUGAAGCCCUGACUCCAAGUGCAGCAAAUGACACCGCAGCAGCUGGGACAGACUCCUCACCUGCACCAACUACCGAUCCAAACAAAGAGUGUAGGACUCUGCCAACACUAUUCGAGAUGCUUCAAUGCGUCUCAAACCAGACAACAACCUCAGGCUGA